AUGCUGAAGGCCGGACACCCGAUCUUCUCGUUCGAGUUCUUCCCGCCCAAGACGGACGUCGGCGAGAAGCGCUUGUGGGAAGCGCUGCAGGACCUGCGAGACUUGAGGCCGGCUUACGUGUCGGUGACCUACGGCGCGGGUGGAAGCACCCGAUCGAAGACGGUGGAACUAACCAGCCGCAUCAAGCGCGAGCUGUCGAUCGAAACGAUGGCCCACCUCACGUGCGUCGGUGCUACGCGCGAAGAGAUCGGUGAGGUCCUUGGUGAACUCAAGGAAGGCGGCGUCGAAAACAUCAUUGCGUUGCGUGGUGAUCCGCCCAAAGGCCAAGAGCGGUUCGAGGUCACGAGCGGAGGUUUUGCGUACGCGAGCGAACUCACGGGUUUCGUUCGCGAAGGCCACGACUUCUGCUUAGCGGGAGCGUGUUAUCCGGAGUCACAUCCCGAAGCUCCGUCGGCGUACCAAGAUCUCCAUAAUUUGAAGCUAAAGGUUGAUGCGGGCGUCCAAUUCCUCAUCACGCAGUUGUUCUUCGACAACCGGUUCUAUUUCGACUUCGUCGAUCGCGCACGAGCGGUUGGGAUCAACAUUCCGAUCAUCCCAGGGAUCAUGCCGAUUCAGAACGUCGAACAGAUCAAGCGCUUCACCAGCAUGUGUGGCGCAUCGAUUCCCGAGCCGCUGAUGAAGGCGCUCGAGAAGCGUGCCGAUCAGCCGGAGCGUGUCCACGAACUCGGUGUCGCGCACGCAACGAUUCAGUGCCUCGGCCUGCUUCAGGGCGGUGCACCGGGCAUUCAUUUCUACACCCUCAACAAAUCGACGGCGACGCGGGAAAUUCUCACCGCGAUUCGUACGAGCGCGCGUAUCUAA